GGUUGUCUCUUCGGGGUGCUCGGCUCUUCUUUUCGCUGCUUCCACACCACAGUGCCGCCGCUGCUGUUGCGGGCUCUCAAAAAUGGCCACUGUUCCCACUCCUGCUGGAACCUCCGCGCUGUUACUGGAUAUUGAAGGCACUACCACACCAAUUACGUUCGUUAAGGACAUCUUAUUCCCAUACAUCAGAGAGCAUCUCGAAGACCAUCUGUCUACUCACUGGGAGGAGGACGAAUGUAAACAAGAUGUCCAUCUGUUAAAGAAACAGAUCGAAGAGGACAUGAAGCAGCACCGGGCCUGUCCUGUCCACACCGUGGACGAGACGGUGCACACAGACGAGGAGAAGGCCAUCAGAGAAGUCGUGGACAACGUACUGUGGCAGAUGGCAGCUGACAGGAAGUCAACGGCACUCAAACAACUCCAAGGUCACAUGUGGCGGUCGGCGUAUGCUUCAGGGAGAAUCAAAGGCGAGAUCUAUCAGGACGUGACCCCGUCAAUCAGAAGGUGGAGAGAUCGAGGCCUUAAAGUUUAUAUUUACUCCUCUGGAAGUGUAGAGGCACAGAAAUUGCUCUUCAGAUACUCUGUGGAGGGAGACGUAUUAGAUUUAUUCGAUGGCCAUUUCGACACCACUAUAGGACUUAAAGUGGAUGAAAAAAGCUACCAGAGAAUUGCAGAGAGAAUUGGUUGUCGACCGGACGAGAUAACAUUUUUGACAGACGUCAGUCGAGAGGCCAAAGCGGCUGAGGAGGCCGGGGUGAACGUGCUGGUGGUGGUCAGACCUGGGAACAUGGAGCUGACGGAGGAGGAGCAAGCUCACUAUAACCUCGUUACAUCGUUCAACCAGCUGGAACUGACAGGACAAGUUUAACACAACAACACAAGAAAACUUCUUUGACCUUACCUCUUAUUAUCCUGCUCCUCCUUUGCCCCCCACUCCUGUUGCACAUUUUUGUAAAAAUGAUUUAGAUUUAUUUUUCCCCCUCUGGGUAAUGGUUAAAAGUUCCAAAAGUGUAUGAGACACUGUUGGACCAGAGUUCUACGCCUACACCUGAGAAUCUCUACAUUAAACAUUUUGUUUGGCACAAGCUGUAGAUGUAAAAUAUGAGCUCACCGUAUCUUUUUACCUUUUUUAGAUGAACUGUGUUCUACUGUAGUCGAUGUCAGAGGCUUCAGACUUUUAUCAGACCCAGUGUGUAGGCGUGUGUGUGAGCAGGUACUUUGUCACCACAUUUCUGUGGCUGUGGUUGAACUAAUGUUUCAGAAGCUAGAACCAGUGUAGUUGCAACAGGCAGCAGACAAACGAGCUGUUUAAAAUCUGUGUAGAAUUGUCUUUGAUUUGUCCAGUGACCGUCAAACCUCCGUGUGCCAUCUUUGUAGUUGUUGUGUAGGUUGCCUUGUAACCUCCCUGGUGUUUAACCUCAAAUGGCUAAGGCUGUAUAAAUUGUGUGAAAUGGUUGGUAUUAUUAUUCCAGAAAAUUGCUUCCAAUAAAUACGUGUGGUGUCCCACAGA